UAAAUGUACUGUUUUGAAAGGUGCUAUAUAAAGUUUUUUAUUAUUAUUUUAUUCAGCCAUGCUUGUUGUUUCAUUGUUUAUGUAUGACGUCAUUUAGUCAGAUACUUACACCUGUUUUAGACCGAGUGAAUUGCAUUUAUUGCAAACAGUCCCGAAAAUAUUGAUUAAGCUGUGACUUCUGUUUUUCUUCACUUAUGAAUUUUUGUCCUACAAAGGGCACGUUUAGCAGAUGACUACUUGUGAGAAAAUCAUUAAUCUGACUGCUAAAUCUGACAUUUUCUGGACAGCAUGUCUAUCGGUCCUUGUCCCCUAUCUGCCACAGGGAGAUACAGGACAGAUGCCCUCAGCCAGUGCUGACCAGACCAGAAAAAGUUCACUAGGAGCCACUGCACGUCUUUCACAAGGCCUGGCGGUGGCACUAAAACAAUGAGCCUGUGCCUUAAUGAUGAAGCAACGAGGUUAUUGACUAUCAGAGCUCUUCCACUAUAGGACAGCUGGGGCAGCAACCUGUAGCAAGCUCGUUGCCACCGUGAGUUCCUCCAGCAGAGACACAGGCACAGCACAAUUCACCAGAAAGAAAACUAUUUGUGUGUGGAGAGCAGGAGGUGGCUGACAAGACUGCAGGGAAGUAAGCUUACACACAACUCUCACAACCUUGUCAGCCCCAACCCACUCUGCUAAAUUAUGGAACUCCAAUUUGACCUAAAAACAUGACCAACACAAACUGUUUUGAAUACACUGCAACACCGGCAAAAACUAGAGGGCAAUCAUCAGCAACUUAACUAACUAAACUCAGCGUCAUAAAAGUCCCGGUGCACUUGAAGCUUCAACAUCUCAGCUGCCCCGUUUGUGGUCAGAGGGCUUGCCACCUGAAGACCACAAAUGGAUUGUGAAGACCCUAUUAAAGCUGGGGCCCAUGGGAAAACUAGAGUUUCAAGACAACCUGAAGUUCUGGUACUUUCCACCACAGCCAAACCAUCUGUACCACCAGCCUCCUGCUCCAGACCGUUUUUUUGCCCACCCACUUCUUGUCUGGAUGCCCUACAAAUUGUGGAAGGUGAAGGUGGUCUGUUCCAACCCUGCCUGUCGGCAGCACCAACUCACUGGAGCUGGGCUGCACAAGAGGGCACAGUGGGUCCUGGAUGUGGACAGGAUCUACAAUAUGAUGACAGAGACUCUAACCUGCACCAAAUGUAGAUCCGCCCAUGUGUUUUGGAGCCAGACUGUCCUUAUGCAACUGGACUUGGCUCAGAGAUCAGAAUUUUGGGUCAUCCUCACACAAAAGUAUGCGUGUGACAUCCGGGUGAUCUGGGUUCUACGGGAGAGUGCCCUGGGUAACAGCCCAACACGCGUUUUAAAGCAGCUGAGGGAGAACCACGCGGAGGAGUGGCUGCAUUGUGUAGAAAGGUACACCACAGAGUGUGUAGACUUCCUCCAGCCGCCCGGACUGUUGCCCAUGGCAUUCUCUGAGCCUCCAGAGCCUGCUGUGGCGCCGAGCUGUAAGUGGCUCCUCUCCGUUUAUAGCCAGGACAUUUUAACAAGGCUGGAAGACAUCAAGGCUGCAAUAACAUUGACCUAUGGCACCAUUCUAAAAAUGGAUUCGACGAAAAAGAUCACCAAGAAGCUUGCCAGAACAGCCAAGGGACAGCACUCUGGCUCACCUCUGUGGGAAAUGAGUAUGGUCAGAUUCUGAUCAGUGUGCUGACCGCUCAGGAGGGAGCUGGCCUGGACAUGAUGGCAGCAGACCUGGUAAAGAGAUACCAGCAGGCCGGUGUGAAUCCCCCUGUUGACUUAUAUGUGGACUGUGGCUGCUGUACUGAGGCAGGGGAGACCAAGCUGAAGGCCAGAUUCAGCGUGUGGCCACACCUCACUAUAAGGCUGGAUAUCUGGCACUUCAUACGCAGACUUGCCCUGGGAUGCGCAACAGAUGCUCAUCAGCUGUACUGAAUAUUUAUGUCACGCCUAUCAGCGUGCAUAUUUGAGUGGGAUGCAGCUGAUUUAGCUCUGUUGCGCGAUGCAAAAAGACAGCAACUUCAAUCCCAGGGCCUGUGUUUACUUACUGAGGGCAACAUCAAUAAACAUCUAUCAAGGGAGGAGCUGGCUCUCCAGUGCUGGAGGAGGACCGACUCCCUUGGAGUUCCCCUAUUUGAUAGGGAGAGGAUGGAUCACAUCUGGCGUGUCCAGAGAAAGCACGUCAACUGCAUCCAGGACCUGACGGGUGUUGCUCUAUACACCAAGACAGGGGAGCUCACAAAGGGAGGUGUGCGGUUACCCAUGUACAGAUGUGCCAAAGGCGCUACAUCAUUAGUCUUUUCAUUUACACCUAAAACGCUUCAUACCAGGUUUGUGUCUGUCAGACAUGUUGGUUCAUGUGUUGUAAUAACUUCAUAAUUUAAUAUUUAAUAAUGUACUUCUAGGGACCAGUGCCAACAGCCUGAAGUUUCAGAUAUACCUGCUGGAAGGACUGCAUAGGUGGAACCAGGACUGUGGUAGUGCUGCCCUGUCUACUGGACCAUCUGCUUUACGCAGCUACUCAGGUGACCUGCUUCAUUUUGUAAACAAAAAUUACGAGAAGCUGUUGAGCAGGAGGGUGGUACCGGAAUUCAGUCCACCAUCACGUUACACUGGUAAGCAUUUGUGAACACAUUGGUAAUUCAACUCGGUUUUAAAAUCUUUUAUUAACUUUUGUAAAUGAUCCAUUUUACCUCUAUUGUUUCAGGAAAAAGGAAAAUUGUGAUGCAAAAAUGAUCAUUCUCACUAAUCGUGAAUCAUAUUACAAUUGAAAUAUCUGUCAAAAUAAUCACAAUCUGAUUUUUUUUUUUUUUUUUCAUGCAGCCUGGCUCCCUGCACAUCUGCAUUGACCUCAGGUGCAUCAAUUCUGCCCUCUAGUUCGUCCUCUGAGGCUGGAGUUGAUAUGCAAGCUGAAGAUGAAGAUAUGUUUCAUCGUUUGCAUGGGCUGUUGAUGACCAAAAUGUUCCUGGAUAUCAACACGGGGACAGACUUGCUGAGUGUUUGGUGGAACUUCCGGAUCAGACCUCUAUCUGUCUCAGCAACCAGCAGGCGUGCAAAGUUAUAGCAUUGUGGGAGAGCCUGGAUGAAGGUGACAAGCAGCGGGUGGUUUAUGCAGCACGACAUCAGGACAGACUUUUGAGUGGACGGUUCAGAACACCAAAGAAGCCCUCAAAAACACCUGGUGUGGAGAGCACCACCCAUUGCAUGUUAGGUGCGAGUAGUGCACCUGCUCGGUGGCCCGACUGCUGUUGGUUGGUGGAAAAUAUUUUUAUAAGACUCUGCAAUCUUCACCCAAGCCCAGUAAGUACAGGUAAGGGGGCCGAUUUGAGGUGGUCCUUAAUUCUGAGGGACUAUUAUAAGAUUAGGCAGCUUGUAGUUGGUAACUCCCUGGUGAUGCAGGGAACAGAGAUUCAGCUGGUGGAAGUGAACCAGAACACCCUCAUCCGAUGGCACAACAACAGGCAGAAGAGGCAGGAGCUCUUUGUGCUGCUCCAGGGCACUGCAUUGCCUCCAGCCCUUCCGAGUCUGAAGAGCCUCUUCAGGAAGCAAGAGUACUUCCUGCUGAACCCAUGCCAGCACGACAGGAGCAUCAGUACCGGCUGCCGGAGAGUACAGCAGGUCGGGCACAACAGAGGCAGACAGCCUCUAAUCAGCUCCCACGUCCCAUCAUGCCAAAGAGGCCAGUGAAGAGGCAUGUGUUUGUCACACCCCCGGCACCAGGACCCUUUCUGACACCUCAGAUCCUCACACCAGCAGGACAAACUGUACAUCUAGUACCCAUAGUUCUCAGUAGUGGGCACCGACCUACAAACCAGUGUGCCAACCAGCACAGUAAAAGCUGGAGCCACUCCAAAGAGGCCAUAUAGGCGAACUGUAGAACUUGUAAAAAAAAAAAAAAAGUGUGGCCAGUUCCGCACUGUUGACACUGGACACAGCCAGUACUGUGGCAGAGUGUAUUCCCUCUGUCUGAAUCUCUUCAAAAAGACCAGUGGUUGGAGGAAAUGAGGAAAAAGUUCCCUAAAUAAUCAUGUGAAAUGUAUUGUAAAUAGUUAAUAGUUGAAAAUAAUAGUAAAUAGUUUAAUAUAUUUUAAAAUAUUGUUUAUUACUGAUGUAUUCUAUGUUUCCUGUAAAUAGCUGUAUGAAAAUCAAUAUUUCUACAUUGGAAGUCUUCGUUGUAUUUGUUGUGCUUUUUGUGGUGUGUUUUAAUUAAAUCUUUCAAAAGUG